GGUGCUCGCGGGGCUCCCGCUUCUAGAGGGUCUCGUCCCGGGGCUGGCAAGACCAUGGCGACGGAGUCAGAGCCCCUUCUGAGUCGGGCCCAUGGCAGCGAGUACCCGCCGGGGUCUCUCUCAUGUCGCGGCGUCCAGGUCGGCCCUGCUGCCACAGCCAGGCACGACCUCUGCAUAGACCAGGCUGUGGUCUUCAUUGAAGAUGCCAUCCAGUACCGCUCCAUCUACCACCGCAUGGAUGCCAGCUCUAUGUGGCUUUACCGGCUGUAUUACUCCCGCGCGUGCCAACGGGCCCUGGGCUUUGCCAUUUUCUUGAUCCUGGCCUUAGCUUUUCUGGAGACCCCAUCUUCAUUUACGAGGACCUCAGACGUGCGCUACCGCUCCCCACCCUGGCAGCCGCCGUGCGGCCUGACUGAGUCCCUGGAGGCGCUCUGCCUGCUGGUCUUCCUGGCCGAUGUCUCUGUGAAGUGCUACCUGGUCGGGCGGGCCCAGUUUCAGAAGAACCUAUGGUUGCUGGCCUACCUCGUGGUGCUAAUCGUGUCCUUUGUGGACUGGUCUGUGUCCCUGAGCCUCUCUUGUCAGGAGCCCCUGCGCGUGCGCCGCCUGCUCCGUCCCUUCUUCCUGCUGCAGAACUCCUCCAUGAUGAAGAAGACCCUGAAGUGUAUCCAGUGGUCGCUGCCACAGAUGGCCAGCGUCGGGCUGCUGCUCACCCUGCACCUGUGUGUCUUCACCAUGUUUGGAAUGCUGCUCUUCACUGUGGGCGAGAAGGACGAAGUGCAGGACAAGGAGAGGCUGGCUUACUUCCGGAACCUGCCAGAGGCGCUCACCUCUCUCCUGGUACUGCUGACCACUGCCAACAACCCUGACGUGAUGAUUCCUGCGUAUUCCAAGAACCGAGCCUAUGCCAUCUUUUUCAUAGUCUUCACCCUGAUAGGAAGCUUGUUUCUGAUGAACCUGCUGACAGCCAUCAUCUACAAUCAGUUCCGUGGCUAUCUGAUGAAGUCCCUGCAGACCUCCCUGUUGCGGCGGCGGCUGGGGACUCGCGCGGCCUAUGAAGUUCUCUCCUUCGUGGCCCGACAGGCUGGAGACACCCCUGAGGCAGUUGGGGUCAAGCCCCAAGACCUGCUGCAGGUGCUUCAGAAAGCCGAGCUGGGCAGCUCCCACAGACAAGCCAUCAUGGAGAAGGUGCACGCCUAUGACGGCCGCCCGCUGUUGGCUGUGGAAUUCCAGAAACUCUUUGAUGAGGUCGAUAAGAGUGUGAUCAGAGAGCACCCGCCGCGGCCCCAGUACCAGUCUCCUUUCCUGCAGACCGCCCAGUUCCUCUUCAGCCACUCCUACUUUGAGUACCUGGGGAACCUCGUCGCCCUGGGGAACCUUGUGACCAUCUGUGUAUUCCUGGUGCUGGACGCGGACCUACUGCCCAGGGACCGUGACGACUUUGUCCUGGGGAUUCUCAACUACGUCUUCAUCCUGUACUACCUGCUGGAAUUGCUGCUCAAGGUCUUUGCGCUGGGCCCGAGGGGCUACCUGUCCUACCCCAGCAACGUGUUUGAUGGCCUCCUUACCAUAGUCCUGCUGGUUUUGGAGAUCUCCACGCUGGCUGUGUACCGAUUCCCACACCCAGGCUGGAAGCCCGAGAUGCUGGGCCUGCUGUCGCUGUGGGACAUGACGCGGCUGGUGAACAUGUUCAUUGUCUUCCGCUUCCUCCGCAUCAUCCCCAACAUGAAGCCAACGGCUAUGGUGGCCAGCACCAUCGUUGUCCUGGUCCAGAACCUGCGGGCAUUUGGUGGGAUCUUGUUGGUGGUGUACUAUGUGUUUGCCAUCGUUGGAAUCAGCUUGUUCCAAGGCACUAUUGUCGCUCCUCCUGGAAACAGCAGCCUGGGCCCUGCCAACAGCUCUGCACCCUGUGGAAGCUUUGAGCAGCUCGAGUACUGGGCCAACAACUUCGAUGACUUUGCUGCUGCCCUGAUCACGCUGUGGAACGUGAUGGUGGUGAACAACUGGCAGGUGUUCCUGGACGCGUAUCGGCGCCACGCAGGCCCGUGGUCAAAGGUCUACUUCGUACUGUGGUGGCUGGUGUCCUCUGUCAUCUGGGUCAACCUGUUUCUGGCUCUGCUUCUAGAGAACUUCUUCCACUGGUGGGACAAGCAGCCUGUUGCUGAGAUGCAGGAGACCACCUACCAGAUGUCCGUGGAGCUCAUGUUCAGGGACACCCUGGAGGAGCCUAAGGAGGAGGAGCUGAUGGAGAGGCUGCGCCGGCACCCACACCUGCAGCUCUGCAGGUGACACCAGGCUGCCUCCUGGCCAGAGUGGCAGGACAGAUGCUGGCCAGGGGCCUACCCUAGCCAUGGAGGCAACAGCCACACAGGGAGAGACGAUGCCCGCGAUGGACCACUGCACAGGGACCAGUGGGGGCUGAGACGGGCUCAGGCCCUGUUGCUCCGCAGGGCCUGCUGUGUGGGUCUCUGUGGCCCGAGCCUCCGCAGGAGGGUGGCAGCACUUCAGGACAGGGUCCCUAGUGCGCCGCUCUUCUGGGCUGCUCCCGAGGCCGAGGAGGGUGAGUGUUCAGGGACCUCCAGUGCUGCACUUUCUCCAUGCCUUUGCUGGCGGUGGCUCUGGGGACCGUAGCCCAGCGCAGGUGAACUGCAGGUGUCUGGGGCAUUGAGGUUGUUUGCUGGAGGUUUUAGAAGAAUGUUGCCUGUGUUUUACCACUCCA